UCUCUCAAUUUCUUUGGGGUGAAAGUAGUGGACUUUGUGGUUUUCCCAUCUGGGUUUCUUCCAUUUUGUUUCUUUUCCUAAGAAAAGAAAUGGAGGGUUCUUCUGGGAACAGAGAACUGUAUCCUCAGUUUCGUGAUAUGAUUCCUAAAGAAAGUGAGUGGCAUGGGAGAAGAGACGAAAACAGAUUUGGAGUUUCAGAGGAUAAAAAGUUGGAGCUGAGGUUGGGACCUCCGGGAGAAGAUUGGUUUGACAAAGGAAACAGCAAAAAGGACAGCAGAUAUAGAGAUGAGUCUAUUCUCUCUCUUGGGUGCCUUUCUCCCCUGCCUUAUAAGACCAGUAACAACCCCAGCAGCAGUAACAACAACACUGUUUCAGCUGGAGCAAAGAGAGGCUUCUUGGAUACAGUUGAAACCAAAACAGGAGAUCAAACAUGGAUGAUGAACCACCUCACUCCAUGGUCUUCCACGCCUCCUCCAUCUCCUUCAGCCUUCCAACUGAAAACCCACUUGCAGCAACAGCAGCAGCCAAAGCUACAGUUUCUCCAGUUCCCUUCUGUUCCUCAGGGCAUACCUGUUAUGUUAAAAGAAUCACCACAGACAUGUAGCACAAAAGUUGCGGACUUGCAGAACCCUGAGAAGAAGCCAUGUUCCCCUGCUUCUGCUUCAGUUCCUGCAAAUACAGCUGUGCUCAACAGCUCCCAGAAAAGAACUCCUGUUCCAGUUGUGGGUUGGCCUCCAAUUCGUUCAUUCAGGAAGAAUCUUGCAAGCAGCAGCUCUUCCAAGCCAGCAUCUGAGAUACGUGAUCCACCACCAGCAGAUGUGAAUGGUGAAAAAACUGAAGCUCCCAGGAAGGGUUUGUUUGUGAAGAUUAAUAUGGAUGGAGUCCCUAUUGGAAGGAAAGUGGAUCUCAAAGCCUAUGACAGCUAUGAAAAACUCUCUUCAGCUGUUGAUGAGCUCUUCAGAGGCCUUCUUGCAGCUCAAGGAGAUUCUUCUCCUGCUGGAGAUCAGAGCAAAGCAGCAGAACCCAAGGCAAUUACAGGUUUAUUAGAUGGAAAAGGGGAAUAUACUCUGGUGUAUGAGGAUAACGAGGGAGACAGAAUGCUUGUUGGAGACGUCCCAUGGCAAAUGUUUGUAUCGACGGUGAAGAGGCUUCGUGUGUUGAAGAGUUCGGAACUUCCCAAAUUACAGAUUGGGAGCAGUAGUAAGGCAGUGAAGACUAGAGUGGACUUUGAAGUGAAAUGAGGACGAAGUAGGAUCAUGAGGAAUUUGUCAUUGGAGAAUCUUCAUGGCAAAGAGUCUUGUGAUUUGGUUUUGUAAUUUAAGAUUUGGCUUACUUCAUUUUCAGAGAGAGAGAGAGAGAGAAUGGACAGCUUUUUGUUCCCUUUUUUAUUUUUGGGUGGUCUGUUUCAGCAUCUCUUGUAGAAAGAAAAUCCAAAUAGACCAGUUCGGUU